ACACACACACACACACACACAUAGAGCUCUAUUCUAAUCCUCUGUCCGGCUACAACGGAAAAUAACUCACUUCAUCUUAUCACUCUGCUACCUCCCUCUGUCCAUUCUCUCUUCUUCCUGUCCUCCCCAUUUUUUUCCUUCUCCCUUCCCCCUCCCUCUCUCUCUCUCUCUCUCUCUCUCUCUCUCCCUCUAUCUCUCGCUGUCCCUCUCCCUCCCCCAUCAGUGGUAAGUUCAUUGAAGUAGACAACAGAGAGAUGAAAGAGAAGAACCCCUGGCAAUCGCCUGUGACCAUCAUCAUCACUGUGAUUGGCGUCAUAGCGAUUGUUACCUUGGUGACGGUAGCAGUUUUGCAGAACAAGCCACUACCCCAAAAGUACAAGUAUGGGAUCGUGCUGGAUGCUGGAUCCUCCCACACAGCUCUGUAUAUCUAUCAGUGGCCAGCAGAGAAGGAUAACGACACUGGCAGAGCUGAACAGAUGCAUUCCUGCAAAGUUAAAGGUCCGGGUAUCUCCAGCUACGCGUCCACUCCGUGGAAAGCAGGGGAUUCUCUGAGUGCAUGCAUGCAGGAGGCCAUGGAGCAUGUCCCUGUAAAAAGACACCAGGAGACCCCUCUUUAUCUGGGAGCUACUGCUGGAAUGAGAUUGCUAAAUAUUGAGAACAACUUGGCGUCAGACAAGGUCUUUCAAGCCGUGGCAGAGGCCCUGCAAAAGUUCCCCUUUUCCUAUCAAGGAGCAAGGCUCCUCAGUGGUCAGGAAGAGGGAGCCUUCGGCUGGGUGACAGUCAACUACUUGGAUGAUCGCCUCAAACAGGGUUUGGAAACCACAGGAGCUCUUGACCUUGGUGGGGCCUCCACUCAGAUUAGCUUUGUUUCUGAUAAUUAUGAUGGCUCAGAGUCACCUAGCAACUCUGUGACAUUCCGACUCUAUGGAAAUGAUUAUAAUCUGUACACAAACAGCUUCCUGUGUUACGGGAAAGACCAAGUGUUAAAAAUGACGCUGGCAUACCAGACUCAGUCAGGUCCAGAAACAGUAUUAGAUCCUUGUUUCCACCCUGGUUACAAUGAGACAAAGAACUACACAGCCCUUUAUGACAGCCCCUGCGUGUCAGACAGGAAACCCCAAAAUGCUCCUGAAUCCUUCGAUCACAACGGGACAGGAAACUUCCUAGAAUGCCAGAAAGCUGUCAAAAGAGUCUUCAACUUUACCGACUGCAAAUACAGCCGAUGCUCUUUCAACGGGGUCUUCCAGCCAGUUUUGCAGGGGCCAUUUGGGGCUUUCUCUGCCUACUACUUUGUGAUGAACUUCCUCAAUCUGACUGAUACAUCCAUCCGUCUGGAAACUGUCAAGCAAAAGCUAGCAGACUACUGCGCUACCCCUUGGCAGCAGAUAAAGCAGCAGCAUCCAAAAGUAAAAGUGAAGUAUUUGGCUGAGUACUGUUUCUCCGGCACAUACAUCGUCACCCUGCUGACAGAAGGAUACAACUUCACCUCGGAGACUUACUCAAACAUAAAAUUCAUCAAGAAGAUAAAAGGCAGUGAUGCAGGCUGGACACUGGGCUACAUGUUGAAUCUGACCAACAUGAUUCCAGCCGAGGCUCCUGACUCGCCCCUUCUGCCCCACGCCGGCUACGUCUCCAUUGUCACCAUUAUCGCAAUACUGCUGUUCGUCCUCUUCAUCCUCAGCCUGCGCCCUCUCUGGCCUUGUCGCUCUAAGCAGCCACAGAUAAUAUAAACACACACACAGAAAUGUAUGAAUGACGCCAGGGAGGGAAUGUGUAUGUGUCAGUGUUGGUGUGGGUGUUAUUCUACCAAUUGGUGAAAAGAAAGUCAACUUGUCACUUCCUAGCCUUUGUGGGGAGGUCAAAAGUCAAUACCUGCUUGUAUGGAUAUUAGAGAAGGACAAAUGCUUUCUCUCUCUGGGGGAUUCGCUCUGCUUCUCUGGUUGAAGGACAAUUUCUAUGAGUGAGUGAGUGAAUGAGUGAGUGUGUGUUGAAGUUUGAAUGGGCAUUAGAAUGUGUGCUUGAGUGUGUGUACCAACAUAAGUCUGCAUGUAUGUGUCUUGAAUUAUGAUGUGAAUAUGCUACUGUAUAAAUAAAAUAACCCAAGUUUAUAUAUAA